AUGACCUCGGGGAAGACGGUCAAGCUGCUCCUCUACGAGGUGCUGCAGUUUGCAGCCCUCGUCGUGCCGAUCUUUGUGCUAAUGGAGAGGUUUGCCAGCCUCAUACGUGACGUGAAAGGACAGGAUCUGACGGCCUACUGGCUCGUGGUGGCGGUCUCUCUGGCCUAUGUGACCUCUGUGACCCUGCUGGUGUGGGUCCCUCUCAAAUUUGUGAUUCUGAAGCGGCAAGGUUCCAUCGCAGAGAUCACACAGUGGAGACCGACGGCACUGGCAUAUCUCAUCCUGUGCACAUUACCGUGCUUUGCUAUUUUAAUCGCCAGCUCCAAGGUGCAGGUGGACAGCGGACACAGACUUGACCAUUUCGCAGAGUUGCCCAUUUCCUUGGUGCUUUUCUCCCUCAUCUGUGUGGAUAUCACAGAGAGGCUUCGCCCCUGCAGGCUCCUUGGACAAUCCGACAGCCUGGAUCCUGACUUUGACAUCCACGGCCCCGUCCUCACCCACCUGGAGCAGGUGCCCACCGUAUCGAGCCAGCUGCCCCCUGAUGAAGGCCAGAACGGUUUGACCCCAGGCUCUCCAGGGGCCAAAAACGGCAGCACAUCGGACCGAUGGCGGCACUUUGCCGGCUCACCCACCCACUCAACUCCCAGCGCACGAGCGUCCAGCACUGCCUACCUGUACUCCUCAUCCUCACGCCACAGGUCCUACUCGGGUAACCUCGGCUUCCUGUGGAGGAGGGAUGGGAGGUCGGAGGUGUUUGUGGAUAGUUUCCUGUUCUGGUUGGACACUGUGGAGAUGAUGAGAGUAGCAGGAGAGCCCUCGAUCUUCUACUCAGCCUGGGUCUUCCCUGUCUAUAUUAUUAGCUUCCUGUCCACUCUCCGCAUGGUCAUCGCUCCUAACAACCCGUUAUUGUCCUCUGCUGGAGUGGCUCUGCAGGACUUUCCUUUCUUCAUCGUCCGGGUCGUCCUGAUUGUUGUGUUUGGUUAUGUGACGCCUGUGUUGUACCCGCUGAAGAAUGUGCUGGUGAGCUUGACGUUUAUCUACUUUACAUUCUUGACCAGGCUGAGGAUAUUCAGGAGGCAGAGCAUGUUUUGA